AUGCCGUUUGUCCUGGCGUCCUCUACAGAGGACAUGUAUGAAAGCUAUGCCCUGUUUCGCAACAAAAAAGUCAUAUUCCCAUUUGAAACCCCACCACCCCACUCGGACCCGCCCACUGUGCUUCCGUCAUCCUCCCUCCUCAGCGACGGGGGUUGGUUGAGAGUCCCCGCGGCGGAGAGCGAACAACAGACUGACAGGCAGCAGCGGCAGCAGCAGCGCGUCAACGGGAAGAUGGAGCAGCACACAAGCGCCGUGGACUUCAACAUCUUGUUAGCUACUGACUCCUACAAGGUCACACAUUACAAACAGUACCCACCCAACACCAGCAAGGUGUACUCUUACUUCGAGUGCCGUGAGAAGAAGACAGAACCUACCAAGCUCAGAAAAGUCAAAUACGACAAAACGGUCUUCUAUGGGCUUCAGUACAUUCUCCACAGAUAUUUAAAAGGACAGGUCGUCACACGAGAGAAGAUUCAGGAAGCAAAAGAGGUGUACCGGGAACACUUUCAGGAUGACGUGUUCAAUGAAAAAGGAUGGAAUUACAUUUUGGAGAAAUACAACGGUCACCUGCCCAUCGAGAUCAAGGCUGUGCCGGAGGGAAGCGUUAUUCCACGUGGGAAUGUGCUGUUCACUGUAGAAAGCACAGAUCCGGAGUGCUACUGGCUCACUAACUGGGUAGAGGAUUGAUCAGUGCCAGUAUAAAGGAGUUUAGGUCCAUUUGACUGAUCUGUACUGCUCCAGAACUGUCUCUACAUUUUAUUUUCAUUGAUAAGGUACAUGUGAAUUUAUAGCUUGCAAGCCUGAACAUUCAGAUUUUUGUGAUGUAUUGAACAUUGUUGUUGAGUUCUACUGAUUUAGAAAACAUCAAGGUAGCAUUAUCUAUCCAUAGAUGGAUAACAUGGAUGAAAAUGUGUCUUAAAUUGUAAGAAUGACUUGUGAGAGUCUAGGAAAGAUUAAAAAUUAUUCAAAAAUCAGUCAUGUUUUACACUACAUGGCAUUGUUG